UACUCUUCUAUCAAUGUCUUUUCGUGUACCGACCAUAAUAGAUUCUUCAAGUCAAGAUAAUGCUAUACGUGGAACUAACGAUGACGCUGUAACAAGUAAACUGUCAGCAGUUAAUACCGGAUAUAUUCAAGACAAAUAUGUAAGAUAUUUUGUUCGAAGACCAUCAAAGAGACCACCCAUCAUUAAUAGAGGAACAUACGUUCGUAAUACUGGAUUAGACAUAUUAAUCACGAAAUUUUUGGAAGGUGGCGGAGAAAAUGUAAAGAAACAAGUUGUAUCAUUCGGAGCUGGAUCUGAUACGCGAUACUUUAAUUUCAAGGCAACAUCACGUAAAUUUUAUAAAUAUUUUGAAAUUGAUUAUCCCGAAGUCACAUCAAAAAAAGUUGCAAUCAUUCAAAAACAUAAAGAUUUAUCAGAUUUAAUCGGGAAUGAAAUACAAAUAGGAAAAGGUGGUACAGAAAUCUACGCGCCAGAUUAUUGUUUAAUAUCCGGAGAUCUUAGAGAAUGGGAGGAGAAUAUAGUAUCACAUUUAGAAGAACAUCAUGGUUUUGAUCGAAGUAUUCCGACAUUAUUCUUAUCAGAAUGUGUAUUAAUUUAUAUGGACCCGAUUGAUUCUAAUAAAAUUGUACAAUGGGCUGGAGAUAAUAUGAUAGCAGCAAUAUUUAUAGUUUACGAACAAAUAUUACCUAAUGAUGCUUUUGGAUCUGUUAUGUUACAAAAUUUAAGAUCUCGUAAUAUUGAACUCCGUGGUAUACACGCAUAUCCUGAUUUACAAAGCCAAAAAGAUCGUUAUUUAUCGCGUGGAUGGACUCAUGUCGAAGCUGUUGAUAUUAAUGAAGUUCAUGAUAAUUAUAUCGAUCCAAAUGAAAUUUCCAGAAUAUCAAAAUUGGAAUUUCUCGAUGAGCUUGAAGAAUGGCGACUUCUUGCAUCCCAUUAUUGUAUCGCUUGGGUUGUCAGAAAUUAUUCUUCGAUGAGUCUAAAUAAAAGUAUUUAUUUAUUUUUUAAGAAAAAAAAAUAAAAUAAAAUAAAAUAAAUUAGUCUAAAGUUUUAAUAAGAAAUAAACUUUCUUUAUAAAAAAUUUUCACUCAGUGAGAAGAUUGUUACUUCAUAACUCAUUCUUGUAGAGUUCGGAUUAAUAAAAUAGAUACGAUACAUUCUAAAGUUUAGCAUCACAGCGAAUAAAAGGAAAGAAAGAAAA